AUGUGCUCAAAUAUGUGUGAAUUCAAGAUGCUUGUGACAAUUUUAGUGUUAGUGAGUGCAGUGGGUGCUAGUAAUGACACUGUACGAAAUGGCUCGCGAAUGGCGUGGAUGAAAGAUUUAUUGGACCACCAUGACUGGUUGGAAUUGCUUAGUCCUAACCGAACAGUGUCGCCUGAGUGCGAAGCCGAUUUGAGAACGUAUAUCAACGCUCUUAAUGCUGGAGAGCUUUGGGCUUCGAAGAGUGAGUACAUUUGUCUUUCGCGAUCCUGUUUUGUUUGUAACGUAGUAUACUAA